AUGGAUUUGAGUUCGGAGUCCGUCAAACGAGUUCUUGGCAAGUACAAAUUUCAUGAUGUCGCUGUUGAGGAGCUCCAGAAAGUCCACCGUAUUUACCCAGACAUGAAGCCUGUGGUUGCCACAUACGUUUUUAACGAUAGUUCUCAGAGGGACCUAGUGAAGCUGGUUGGCAACAUUCCUGUAAGAUACCAAGGGCAAUCAUACAAUUUACCCAUCCAGCUAUGGCUGUUAGACUCCUUUCCCUUCACACCACCUAUCUGCUACCUGCGACCCACCCCUAACAUGGUCAUUCGGGAGGGAAAGCAUGUGAAUCCAAAGGGCAGAAUAUACCUGCCUGGACUGCACAAUUGGGACCAUCCCAAGUCGUCAGUGAAUGGACUGUUAGCGGAAAUGAUUUCAAAGUUUGAGGAAGAUCCACCUCUGGCUUCUAAGCCAGGUGGAGAUGGCAAAGACACCAGUGAUCUUCUCGCUUUUGUAUCAAACUUGCAAAUCAGUGAAAGAGGAAAUCGCUUAGAUCAGCCCGUAAAUAAAGUGACUGUCAUUGGAGGUGGAGACCUAGGAAUGGCCACUGUGAUGUCUAUCAUGGCAAAGGGGAGUGUGGACAAACUGGUUUUGAUUGACAUACCAGAGAGCUCUACCAAAGGCGGAACAGUGGAUUUGGAGAUCUUCAGUUUGCCAAAGGUUGAAGUUUCUAAAGACCUGUCUACCUCAGCUGGAUCAAAAGUGGUGGUGGUGACAGCAAACGCCUGGAGCAAUGAGCAGUCUUACGUUGGCGUGGUUCAGACUAACGUCGACAUGUACAGAGGCAUCAUCCCAGCUCUGGCUCGCCUGAGUCCCCAGGCAGUGUUUCUCAUUGCCUCUCAGCCAGUGGACGUCAUGACCCAUGUAGCGUGGAGGCAGAGUGGGUUGUCUCCAACGCAUGUGAUUGGUGCUGGAUGUAACCUCGACUCUGAGCGUCUCACUCAUGUUCUCAACAUCACGCUUUUGAGUGGAAAGACAAGAAAACCGGCCUGGGUAAUCGGAGAACUCUCAGACAAGAAGGUGGCUGUGUGGAGUAACAGAGGGUCAGUCAGUGACCAGCAUCAGCCUCCUGAUUUAGUCCCAGUGUCUAGCUCCACCAGGCCUCUUGUAGACAGGGCAUUCGAGAUGCUGAAGGGGCGAGGUCAGAGGUCUUGGUCGGUGGGACUGUCCAUUGCAGACAUCACUCAAACCAUUCUGAUGGACCUGAGAAAAACACACUCCAUUUCCACUCUGGCACAGGGCUGGGGAGGCAUUGGGUCAGAGGUUUUCUUGAGUUUGCCUUGUGUACUCGGAGCCAACGGAUCGACCCGCUUGGCUGGUGUGAACCUUAACACUGAGGAUGAUGCCAAGCUGAGAGAGAGUGUCACGUCUCUUAGCAACCUUUUCAUGCAGCUCAGAAUUUAGAUCCCACCACCACAGAAACACCAAGUCUACUACUGCUUCUACUGCUUCUUACAAAAGAGCAUGCAGCUUCAACCAGGGCUCAGUUCCAGUCUGUAAAGCACUUGACAAUGGCAACUAAUAGCUUUAUUUUUUUGCUCAGUAUAGUUAGUUUAGUAGGAUAAAAUCAAUUGCCAUUUCUUGAGCUUGAGCAAAAAACACUUGUGUGCCACACUAAAUGACUGUUUCUGG